GGGAUUGGUGGGGGCUCAAAACUUGAGGUUCUCUCCUCCCAACAUUUCUGUCGUCAGUGUCGCCUCGCAUCACGGGCUCACCAGGUGGCGCCUGGCUUAACUCCUGUCGUUUUCUUUUCAUUCUCCAUUCGAUUCACAAGGAGAGGAACUCAUCAAGUUCAACAACGUGAACAAACAGGAGAUCGAAAUACACAACACAGUCAAAAAGAACAAACCGAACGAUCGACAACAACAUCACAAUCGACCAUCUUGUUUUAAGAAGUUUAUACUACUCGUUCUCAGUGUGUGUGUGUGUGUUGACGUGAACUUGCAUCGAGUCUUGGAUGUGAUUGUGUGUGUCCCUUUUUUAAAAAAUUAUUUCCUUUCACAAUCGACACACACGUUUCUUCGGGUGUGAUACGUCACGGACAUCUUUCUUUCUGACUCAUCUCACACUGCCUUUCGUUGAAAAUCAAAAGUGCGAAAACCACAAGACACAAGUUUGAACACACACGAGAUCAUGUUAAAUCAAGAGUGAUUAUCCAUCCUUAAAAAGUGUGUGUGACCUCGAGAAAACACUGAAAACCCAAAAAGUUUCGUGUGAACCUUGGUUGUUGUUUAUUUUCUUCAACACCAAAAGAAAAAUAUUUUCAAAAAUAAAACGGGAGAAAUGAGGUGAAAAAUAAAAGGAAAAUUGGCGGGUAAUUUUCAAUUUCAACUGUUUGAGCUGCUACCUCCCCCUACAAUCAUCACACCACCCCACCAAAAAGUGUCGCGUAUGUUGUAUACAUACGAAACGGUUAGAGAUAGACGGCCGGCGUUGCCAAGUCGUCAUCGUGUGUGUGUUUGUGUGUGAGUGUGUGUAGUGUGCUGUUGUUAUGUGUUGAGUGUGUCACACAAGAAGACAAAAACAACAACAACAACGGCGGUGUCUUCUUUACAUUUCCCUCGACAAAGGUUGCACAACACGUGAUAAAUUACAUUUGACUGAUUGGUUGAUUGAUCGACGCCAGAACCUCCAGACAAGGAUAAAAAAGAAAUAUAAAAAAAGAAAAUGAUGAACCCAAUGAAUCACAUGGCCACCCAUUUUCCAGGUGAUAUGGGUGGCUACGGACAACAUCACACAGGCCCCGGACCGGGUUCACCGGCCCAACAACAGCAACAACAACAACAGCCACAGCACGGAGGGCCAGGAGGACCGGUCGACGGUAUGAACGGGUUCCGUGGUAUGCAACAACAACAACAACAGCAGCCAACUGGUCCAGUUGGGAAUCCCAUGUUUCAGCCUCAGGGACCACCGAUGGAAUCUCAGCAACAACAGCAGAGGUCGAUGAUGGGAAGCAAUGCUCAUAUGGCCGGCGGUCAAGUGGUGACAAAUAACAUGAUGAACGGCUCUUCCAUGUCUCUCGGCCCGGGUCCUAUGAACGGAAUGAUGAACAUGCAAAUGCCUCCCCAACAGCAGCAACAACAACCGCAACAACAACUCGGUCCCGGCGUCAUGCAGCAGCAGCAUAUGAUGCAACAACAACAGCAGCCGCCACAACAACAACAACAACAACACAUGGGCGUCCACAUGGAUGGCAGCAACAUGGUUGGUGGUGGUCCCGGUGGUCCCGGUGUGGUGGUCGGAGGUCAACAACAAGGCGGCAACGGCCAAGGAGUCAGAGCCUGCGCCGGAUGUGGCGGCAAGAUUCUCGAGCGCUUCCUCUUCCACGCCCUGGAUCGUUUCUGGCACCACGGAUGCCUCAAGUGCUCCUGUUGCGGGGCCCGGCUGGCCGACAUUGGCGUCUCCUGCUACACCAAAGCCGGAAUGAUCCUUUGCCGAGCCGACUACGUUCGGUUAUUCGGAAGUUCGGGAGCGUGUUCAGCGUGCGGUCAAGGAAUUCCGGCCAACGAGUUGGUGAUGCGAGUCGGCGGAGCGGGUCCGGCCGGUGGUCCUGGCGGGGGACCCAACGGAAUCCAUCCGCCUCCGCCAUCCGCAGGUGGCGGAGGCGUUUACCACGUGAAAUGUUUCGCCUGUACCAAAUGCCAAACGCAGUUGAUGCCCGGCGACCGGUACGCCCUCAUCGGCGGGAGUUUGCUGUGCGAACAAGACUGCCACAAGAUGAUGAAGAACAACAACAAUAACAACAAUAAUAACAACAACGCCAACAACAACAAUCACGCCGGUCCCGGUGGCGGCGGCGGCGGCGGUGGAGGAGGAGGAGGCGUCAACCAACAACCCGGAGCCGGUGGUCCCGGAGCGACGGGAACCAAUGUCACAACGGGUGGAGGAGGUGGUGGUGCGGGGGGAGGUGGGGGACCCGUCCGGAAAGGCAAAGUUGGCCGACCCAGACGGAGUCGAGAUUGAUCCCCCCCCCCUUUUUUUUCUGAAUUUUUUUUUAAAACCCGUCCCACCCAUUUUGUUAUUUUCGUGACGGCAACAACAACAAAAAAAUUGUAUGUUAACAAAAUAAUGAGACAAAAUGAUACAACAAAUUUGGAAAAAACAAAUUUUUUGGACAGAAAAAUUUUAAAAAUUGACCUAUUGGGGUCACCCAAAAUUGUUUGAAAGAAAUCAACUCUCGACGUGAAAAAUGAAAUAAACAAACAAAAAAAGAGAUAAUGAUGCUAAUAAUUAAUUAUUAUGAUGACAAUUGUUUGUAAUUCUCUCUCCCUGUUUUUCCUCCCCCCCCCCCUUUGCUCGGUCAUGUGUGUGUGUGUGAUUUCGAUAUACAACACUACCUUCUCCUCUUUUGUAUUUUUAUUUUUGGUUUUUGUUUGAUUGUGGAGACGGAAAACCAAACAAAAAUAUUUGUGAGAAUAUUGGGAGAUCUCUCGCGCUCCAAACCCGAUCGCGUCUUGUACAGUCCCUUUAUAACCUCCCCCCUUACCCUACCCCCCCCCCCCCCAUCUCCACUUCCCUCCAUUUCCGCCCUGCGUUUCCGGCUUAUACAACCGGAACCGGACGAACAUGAACAAAAAAAAAAUCACAAAUGACAAAACAAAAACGACUUUUUUUUUCUAUCUCCUUCUGGGGUUCAUUUGAUUUGAUUUCUCGCAAAAAUUCUGUCUCAACUUUUUCUCUCUCGAUUUUUUGUGAAAUAUUAUUAUUAUUAUUAUUAACUCGUUUUGUUACGCGAUCAAGAGCGUCCGUCAAUUUUUUCCCUCCCUUUUUUUUCAUUUGAAAAUUGCUCCGUUUUUUUUUUUGUUUAAUGAUGAUGACGAUUUCCUCCCUUUUAUCGUGCAACCCCAUCCCACACACACGAUUGGGUCUGGCAAAAAGAUUUGAGAGAUGGCCGCGCAUUUGAUCCUCCCCCCCCCCCCCCACCCUCACACACGAUUGUACCAUUCCCUCCCUUGAAAACUGCUCUCUCCUCAACCACCCAUCGCACUCCCGCCCCCCUCUCCAUUUGAUCAAUAAAAAGAAGACAAAAAAAUGA